AUGGUUUAUUUUAAGGUGUCAGAAAAAAAGCAGUUAUUCAAUGCCUGGAAAGUACAAAGACAGAAGGAGGAAAGAGAUGAGAAACGCCUUGCUAUAAAGAAAGCAAAGGAAAAUUUGGAGAAGUGGCUACAGGAUCAUCCCAAAAUGAAACCUGGUUUGAAGUACAUGAGAGCACGAGAGAUAUUCAGUAAGGAACCCGUUUGGCAAGCAGUACAUGAGGAUGAUCGACAGGAUAUAUUUCGUGAAGCUUUGUCCUAUGUGACGAAGAGAGACGCUGAUUUGAAUCGUGAGACGAGGAAACGCAACAUUAAAGCUUUAGCGGAAAUUUUAGAAAGCAUGGAUCAAAUCACUUACAAAACCACUUGGGCUCAAGCUCAACGGCUGCUCAUAGAGAAUCCGCAAUUCGCGGAUGAUACCACAUUGCAAAGCAUGGAUAAAGAAGACGCCUUAAUCGUUUUUGAAGAGCAUAUUCGUCAAGCAGAGAAGGAGCAUGCUGAGAUUAAAGAGGCAGAGGUAAGUUUCUAGCG